UAACAUGCUUGUUACUGUCGUGCGGAUGAGCAGUUCUGCGGCUUGAGUUGCCUGGCCAAAUUAUCGGUUUUAAUUUAUUUUUUUUUUAGAAAUGGAUGUUAACAAGCCCAGAAACAUCUACCAGACUGUACCUUAUAAGUUGUCAAAUGGAUACAUCCUACCUGAGGGCAAACUGACUCCUAACGCUCUCUUUGUUGGUGGGAUAGACAUGAAGGUGGGUGAAAAUGAAAUGCGUGAAUUCUUUGCAAGAUAUGGUGCUGUAAAGGAAGUAAAAAUAAUCACGUACCGUGGAGGGAUCUGCAAAGGUUAUGGGUUUGUGUACUUUAAUGAAGAUGUCAACAUCCAGUCAAUCAUUGAGCAACAGAUCAGUUUUAAGGGCCGGAAACUCAAGCUGGGUCCUGCCAUCAUGAAAGAGCGGAACUCACGCUCCAUGCUGUCCCGCCUGGUUGAACCAACUCCUUGGAUGAGUCCCACCCCGUACUUUUACUGUGCCUGCUGCUCACCCAUGGGGGGAGGGAUGUCGCAGCCCUCACCCAUCCUGAGUGGAUGCAGCCCAUACAAUCAGCCGUACUCUUACACCAACUUUGGAGGGGUCAUGAUUCCACCGAUGCCGAUGAACUACGCACAGAAUGCCUACCAGUACAUUCCACCUCCCUGGACUGCAGACCAGAGGACACAGCCUUUCAGUCAGAACUUUGUGGACUGUGAAGUCAAGACUAUGUUGACUGUGCUGUAGUUCAAAGCCCCUGACAGCUAAAGCACUACUUCAAAACACAGUUGUGGUGGCAUCAAAGAAUCCAAAUGCACACUGACAUCUCGACGUUCCAGACAUCGGGAUGCAACUCGCCUCUUCACAAUGUUGGAAUGCCCUCCCCUUUCUUUCUUUGCCUCAAAAUUAAAGAGCCAUUUUAACACCAGACUUCAUGAGCUUUCCACUUUAACUCAACCAGUUUGAUCCCAGCCACUUUAACCAAGAUUAAGGUUGACCUGAUGUCAGCUGCUUUUAACUCACUUGGAUCACAGUGACCGUUGCACCGAAUGAGCAGGGCACCAUAAAUGUACCAGCUGAUGCAUGGGAUCACAUUCUUAUGUUUUUUUUCCACCUUUGUUUAUUAUUCCAGACAAAAGAUGAAAGGACUUUUAAGCUUACACUUUGUGCUUAUUUAUGUUUUAUUUAUUUUUUGAAUUAUUUUAAAUAUUUGGUUGGGGUUUUUAAGCCUCUGCGAGGGCUCUUUGUACAUAACUCUUUCUAUAUAUUGUAACAAUGUCUUGACAGUAAUUUGUUCUUUACAGCUACGGAGCGUUUCUCUUCUCCCAAGUUAGGUUCAAUGCUCCUCUGAUUAAGAUUUUCAUUAACUUUUCUACAAGCAUAAGGGGCACUCCAUUAAUUCAAGCAGUCAUUUAUUUUGUGCUACAUUUUAUUUCCAUUACAGUGAAUGAGAAGCAGAUUUGUCUCAGCACCGCAUCAGUUUUAGUCAUUUCUGGACUAAUUUUCAGUUGGUUCCUGGAGUUUGUAGUCAGGGUCAAUCACGGCAUCGAUUUGUUUACCAUCACACAAUCAAUUUGUAAGCAGAGAGGAAAAAGUAGAAAAUGUGGGAUUAGUUUGAAGUAAGGUGCUUUAUUUCAUUCAUUCAUUCACUGCUCAGUGUUUGUUCACUACGUGUUUCAGAGUUUUGGGGUUUAAUCUUGGAGACAUUUCCACAAAGAAUUUUAUAUGUAUGUCACAAGUGAGUGCACUUGAUGUUUUGAUAUUUUAUUUUUAGAAGCAACUUGGCACAACUGAAAAUGCACAUUUGUAAAUGGUGUACGUCACUGAUUUGUCUUUUUUCUUUUUACACACUUGUUUGUAGUUUUGCAUGGACAUUCACCUUGAGAGCUGUUGUGUGCAAGUGUUUUUUUUCUUGUUCAGAGAGCCUUGGCACUGCACUGUUUGGUAUUAGUUGGUGCUCAUGUUUAGUAGAGUUUGGGCAUUUUUGUUGAAUAAUAAAGUUUAAUUUGUU